UCAGUUUCUUUUCUUCUUACAUCAGCCUGCUCUUAUCUCAGCAUCAAGGUGAUUAGUGACAUUUACACCACAAACUGACAUCAUGCUGUGGGCCCUCUACACUCUCAUCCCUGCUCUAAUAUAUGUUCAUGCAGCUGUAGUGUUGACGCAGACGCCUGCGCUCCACACAGUUUCUACAGGACAACAAGUCGUUCUCAACUGUAACAUUGAGAGACAUUACAAUAAUUAUGUUAGUUGGUACAAACAAGUUCCUGGUGCUGCUCCUCAGUAUGUUUUACGUUUUCGGCAUUCAGACAGCGAUCUCAGCUUUGGACCAGGAUUCUCCUCAGACCGAUUCAACUCUAAAUCCAGAUCAAACAUAGAUUUCCAAUUUAUUAUAAAGCAGGCAGAAGCAGGAGACUCUGCUCAGUAUUUCUGUGAGACAUGGGAUGACUCUGCUGCUGCAGCUGUAUCACAGUUAUUCGGACAAGGAACCAAGCUGAUUGUAACAAGCUCCAGUCUCUCUGCUCCUGUCCUGACAGUCUUCCCUCCGUCCAGUUCUGAGCUCCAGUCCAGCAAAGCGACUCUGGUCUGUCUGUCCACUUUGCCCAGAGAGGCUAAGGGUUUUUCAGAUGUGAGCUGGUUGCUUGCUGGGAGUCCAGUAAGCAGUGGGAUCUCUACCAGCACUGCUGUUCAGAGACCAGACCAGACUUUCCAGAUCAGCAGCUCUCUGACCAUCCAGACAUCAGACUGGAACAUGAAUAAGGUUUACACAUGUAAAGUGUCUUUGGGCUCCCAGACUGCAGAGAAAACCAUCAACAAGUCUGCAUGUCCUGCUGAUGAAUAGAAGAGGACCACAACCAUCAUUAAAACCUGCUUCUCACUGUUUGUGCUGUUUGCUCAUUAAACGCUUUUCAAUGUUGGAAACUUAUUCUUCCCACUGUGUUGAUAAAUGUUGCAUUUGCUGCAUUUGAUUAAAAAAUGAUAAAUAAACAACUUUUUGAUUAAA